AUGUCCGACUACAAGCCAACCGAAAACGACGGCCUCCGCAAAGACGGCCAACCAGACCAACGCGUAGCCCAAGACUCCUUCGCCCAUGGCAAAGUCGACCCCGUCGAAGCCGGCAAAAAAGGUGGUGCCCAAGGCGGCUCUCAGGGCGGACAGUCCGUCGGCGAUAACCAAGGCGCUGCGCACCAGGGCGGUGAGGGAUUGCGGAAGGACGGACAGCCGGAUCAGAGGUUGAAGCAGAAUCAGGAGUAG